UUUGUUUUGAAGUCACUCUCUCGCAUUCCCCCCUCUACGAAAAUGUCCCUCGCCAACACUUUCUACAACACUCUUGUCAAGAAGAACUCAGUGUUCGUUGCCACCAUCUUUGCUUCUGCAUUCGCUUUCGAGGUUGCUUUCGACACCACUUCCACCAGAGUUUGGGAUAGCCUUAACAAGGGAAAGCAAUGGAAGGACAUCAAGGACAAGUAUGUCCAAUAGAGAGUUUUUAGUGCACUCUUUUAGAUACACAACCUCCUCAAAAAAUGACCUUUAUUCGCGAAUAUACAACUUCCAAGCCCUCAGUCCGAUAUCUCAGCAUUUAAAGAUGUGGACAAAAUGCACAUAAUAAAUUUAGAGAGUGACAAUAUU